AAUUUUACUAAUUUUAAAGCUCAUGGUCAUGGAUGUCUGUGUUUGAGUUGCAGAAGAAGCAUGGUUUGCCUGCCAAAACCAGCAUGGAGAAUUCAAAAAACCUGUAUAAUGUCAGCUAUUUUCAACAAGGAGAAGAACCCCAUAGGUCUUUUCCUCUGUAAUGUAAGUGUAAACAAUCAGCUCCAGAAACGACACCGUUUCACCACUGCUUUCUCCUUUUAACCCUCUUCUUCUUCUUCUUCAAUUGUAAGUGUCAAGAAUUUGAGAAGCAGUGAGAGGUGUAUUCCAGUUGGAAAGAUUAUCAAAAGGAAGCCUUUAUGGAGAAGGGUUUUGUUUGCUUCCAAUAAGAUCAGGAGUAUUCUCUUGCUCAAUGUCAUCACAAUUGUCAAUGCCAGUGACAUUCCAGUUCUAAAAGCUGUUGAAGAGAUGAUGGAUCCAGCGGCCUUCUGUGCAGUGCGAUUUGUAAUGUCAGCAAUUCCAUUUUUGCCAUUUGUGUUCCGGGCAAGAGGCGAUGUUCAGACCCGCACUGCAGGGAUAGAGCUGGGAUUAUGGAUCAGUUUAGGAUACCUAGCUGAGGCACUUGGAUUGCUCACCUCAGAUGCAGGCCGUGCAUCCUUCAUCUCUUUGUUUACAGUAAUUGUAGUACCAUUGCUCGAUGGAAUGUUUGGUGCUAUGAUACCCGCCCGCACCUGGUUUGGAGUUCUAAUGUCUGCCCUGGGAGUUGCAAUGCUGGAAUUUAGUGGAUCUCCACCGAAUGUAAGAUGUUUACGAUUUCAACUGUCACCGUUUCAGGUUGGAGAUCUUUUGAACUUUCUGAGUGCAAUAUUUUUUGGAAUCCACAUGCUCCGGACAGAAAGGUUCUCAAGAAGCACAACCAAAAAGAACUUUUACCACUCCUUGGAUAUGAGGUGUGUGUAGUGGCUCUGUUAUCUACAAUGUGGAUUCUGGUGGGAGGAUGGUUUGAUGGUGGCCUAUUUAGCACGGAAACGGAAACGGAGAAACGUGAAAACGUAUUUUUUAAAAAAUAUAGAAAAUGGAAACGUGAG